AAUCCACGUCACCAGUUGAGCAUAUCUCGUAACCUAAAUCCAUGUCACCAGUUGAGCAUAUCUUGUACCUGAAGCCAACUACUAAUUUAGAUGAGAUUCCUGAAAAAACUUAAUUUAGAUGCCCUUAUUGAGCUCAAGUCACGCUCAUCACUACUCUUUCAGUGAGCAGGAAUAUGAUUCUUCAGGUUGGUUAACGAUAGUUAAUUGGUCGCAUUGCAUUGCUUCGAUCGUUUUCUUUUUGUCGCAGGCUGAGAACAAAAGGGGGAAAUGUUCAGAGUUGAUGCAUGUGCAGCAUGCAACGAGCGGCACUCGGCACUCGGCAGAGUGUGGCGGUGGGGCACGGUCUAUCGAGAAGUUCUUGUGUACCGACGUGAAUGUGAUGAUUACCCAAAAAUAAUUUUACAUAAAAUAGUUCAGCUGAUUGGAUCUUCGAUUUCUCUGAUUGAACCAAAAGUCCAAAAGCAUGGACAGGUCCAACGAAGCCCAGCUAUUAAAGGCAAAGCUGCGCGAUCAAACUGGCCGGAUCCAGCCUACAAAUUCGCUUCCAGCAAUGCAGCUAGCGCCUGAACACAAGAGAAAUCUAGCAUUUCAGACAUAUUUUUAUUCAGGAGCAAGCGUUCAGGCAGGGAUUAGCUAGUUUGUUUGGCGAUGGCUGCUGCGUACAGCAGCCACCGCUCUGUUCACUCCGUGCUCUCACUGUUCCUGGCACUGGCCGCGCUAGUGGCCUUCGCUCGGGCUCAGCUGUCGCCGACGUUCUACGCCUCGUCGUGCCCGGCUGCGGUUCUCACCAUCAGGACCGCCGUGAGGGCGGCCGUGGCGCUGGACGCGCGCUCGGGCGGCUCCUUGCUCCGGCUCCACUUCCACGACUGCUUCGUGCAAGGUUGCGACGCGUCUGUUCUGCUCGACGACACGGCCAACUUCACCGGGGAGAAGGGCGCGGGCCCGAACGCGGGGUCGCUGAGGGGGUUCGGCGUGAUCGACGCCAUCAAGGUUCUGCUGGAGGUGCUGUGCCCGCGGACCGUGUCGUGCGCCGACAUCCUCGCCGUCGCCGCCCGUGAAUCUGUCGUCGCGCUCGGAGGACCAUCGUGGAAGGUGCAGCUCGGCAGGAGGGACUCCACCACGGCGAGCCUCUCCACCGCAAACACUGACCUCCCCUCGCCGGCGUCCAGCCUGAGCACCCUGCUCGCCGCCUUCGCCAGGAAAGGCCUGAGCAGCACCGACAUGGUUGCUCUGUCAGGAGCCCACACGGUGGGACAGACGCAAUGCCAGAACUUCCGGGCCAAGAUCUACAACGAGACCAACAUCGACGGGCCCUUCGCGGCGUCGCGGAGGGCCAGCUGCCCGGCGACUGGAGGCGGGGGAGCGCUCGCGCCGCUGGACGCGUCCACGCCGAACGCGUUCGACAAUGCGUACUACGGAGACCUGAUCGCGCAGCGGGGGCUGCUGCACUCCGACCAGCAGCUGUUCAGCGGCAGCUCGACGGACGGCCUGGUCAGGAGCUACGCGGCCAGCCCGGCGCAGUUCAGGAGCGACUUCGCUGCAGCCAUGGUGAGGAUGGGCGACAUUGGUGUCCUGACGGGGAGCAGCGGGCAGGUCCGGCGCAACUGCCGGAGGGUGAACUAGCCAGCAGAAAACGUUUGCAUGAUACUGCAUGCAUGCAUGCUAGUAUCAUGUCUUCGACUGCAGGAUUUGAGCCAACAUGUUGAUGGGCGCCAUGUU